AUGAGCACACCAUCCAGAGUUUUCUGGUUCUGCCUGGCUUUCUUCCUGUUUUUGGUCUGCUUUGGAGCCUGCCUCCUGGUCUACAUCAAACCUACCCAGCUUUGGUUUUACUUCAAACUAAGUCAGGGAGUUUCUACAUCAGACCCGGCCGUGUUCUUCAGUCAGGAUGAUCCCUACAACGACAACUUCAUCCAAAGAAAUGCCACCGUCAUUCUGGUCUGGCUAUGCCCCUUUGGGUGCAGAAUGAACCCAUUGCACUGUCUGGACAUGAAAAUCUCCAGCUGUCACAUCACCAUGAAUCGGAGCAUGUACAAUCAGUCCCACGGGGUCGUCUUUCACCACCGAGACCUCAUGUGGGAUCUCAGCAACCUCCCUCAGCAGCCCAGGCCUACGUUUCAGAAGUGGGUCUGGAUGAACAUGGAGUCCCCCGUCCACUCGCUCCCCAAGCGUGGGUUGAACCGCCUCUUCAACCUGACCCUCACUUACCGCCGGGAUGCAGAUAUUCACAUACCUUACGGCUUCCUCACUUUUAACCCAAAUGCCUCUCGGGCCAAAGUGCCCCCCAAAGACAAACUCGUAUGUUGGGUAGUCAGCAACCGGUAUCCUCAGGAGAGAAUCCGAUAUUACAAGGCGUUAAAGAAAUAUAUUCGAAUUCAUACUUACGGGAAAGUGUUUGGAAGAGAUCUGAGCUGGAACGAAUUCAUGCCCACCCUUUCCUCUUGCAAGUUUUAUCUGGCCUUUGAAAAUUCCAUCUUUAAAGAUUAUAUUACCGAGAAACUUUACUUGGCGCUUCUGGCCGGAUCUGUGCCCGUGGUUCUGGGUCCUCCCAGAGAAAACUACGAGGAUUACAUCCCGGCUGAGUCUUUCAUUCACGUGGACGAUUUUGAGUCACCUAAGAAUCUCUCUGAGUAUCUUUUGAUGCUCGACCAAAAUGAUACGCUGUACCUAAGUUACUUUAAGUGGAAGAAGGAUUUUUCGGUCUACCGUCCUAAUUUCUGGAACUCACACUUAUGUCUAGUUUGUGACCAUAUAAAGAGACGCCCGGAAUACAUGUCUGUUGGAAAUCUAGAAAAAUGGUUUUGGAAUAAAAGCUUUAGUGAUGUUUUUCCUGCACGUUAA